AGUGCCAUGCCUGAUAACCUGUUUGUGAACUAUCUAUCUCGAAUACACAGAGAAGAAGACUUUUCAUUUAUCUUGAAGGGAUUUACUCGUCUCUUGAACAAUCCGCUAGUCCAAACCUAUUUACCUAAUUCUUCAAAGAAGAUCCAGUUUCAUCAGGAAUUAUUGGUAUUUUUUUGGAAAAUGUGUGAUCACAACAAGAAAUUCAUGUUCUAUGUGUUGAAGAGCAGCGAAGUGUUAGAAGUGCUUGUUCCGAUACUGUAUCAUCUAAAUGAUGCCAGGGCUGACCAAUCUAGAGUGGGACUGGUCCACAUUGGUGUCUUCAUUCUUCUGCUUCUGAGCGGUGAACGUAAUUUUGGAGUUCGCUUGAAUAAGCCCUACACAGCCAGUGUGCCUAUGGACAUUCCUGUGUUUACUGGCACUCAUGCUGACUUGCUGAUUAUUGUAU